AUGUCUGAGGUGCGAGGUGGUGUUCUGCUGCUGCUGUUGGGCCUUCUGUACCUCGGGACACUUUGGCCGAUCCAGGGAGCCCUGCUGGUCUCUCGCUACGAUGCUACGACGAAGGAGACAAGAGGUGCCAUCAGGUCCAUUCAGAAAAGAAGUGUAGACGAUGCAAAGAUGGUGGAGGUGCUCAGUGUCACGGUACACUGUACGGUGGCUUCUCGGUUCGCUCACACAGUCAUGACCUCCAGUGCUUUGAACAAAGCCAACUCCUCCCAGGAAAUAUUCUUCGAGGUGGACCUGCCCAAGACGGCCUUCAUCACCAACUUCAGCAUGGAGAUUGAGGGUCAGAUCUAUGUUGGGGUUGUGAAUGAAAAGGAGAAAGCCAAGAAACAGUAUGAGAAGGCUGUUUCAAGUGGACGGACAGCAGGACUGGUCAAAGCUUCUGGAAGGAAAAUGGAGAAGUUCUCUGUGUCUGUCAACAUUGCAGCCAAGAGCAAUGUGACCUUCAUCCUGACCUAUGAGGAGCUUCUUCAGAGGAAAUUUGGCAAGUAUGAGAUCCUGACCCGAAUAAACCCUAAACAGCUGGUCGAGAACUUUCAGAUUGUGGCUGAUAUCUAUGAGCCCCAGGGCAUUGCCUUUGUGGAUGCCCAUGCAACCUUCCUCUCCAAUGAACUUCUCCCCCUGGUGGAGAAAACGGUCACAGACAACAAGGCACACAUCUCCUUCUCGCCCACGCUGGAUCAGCAGAGGAAGUGUCCAGAGUGUGAUGGGUCUCUGAUCAAUGGGGAUUUCAUCAUCAAGUAUGACGUGAAACGAGCGUCAAGCCUAGGAGACAUUCAGAUCGUGAACGGAUACUUUGUGCAUUUCUUUGCUCCUCCGGAUCUCCCCCGUAUCCGAAAAAAUGUGGUGUUUGUCAUUGACAGGAGUGGUUCAAUGUCAGGCCCUAAGAUGAUCCAGACCCGCGUGGCAAUGGAAUCAAUUCUCUCAGACGUCCAUCCAGAGGACUACUUUGGUAUCAUCUUAUUUGAUAGCUCAAUUGAUCUCUGGAAAAAAUCCCUUACCAAAGCAACAGAGGAAAACGUGGAUGAAGCCAUUCAAUUUGUCCGGCAAAUAUAUCCUAGGGGAACCACUAACAUCAAUGAUUCCGUAAUGAAGGCCAUCCACAUGCUGCAAGAUGACAGAAGGAACAAGAAGCUCCCAGAGAGAAGUGUGGACAUGAUCAUUUUACUAACCGAUGGAAUGCCAAAUGCGGGUGAAAGCAACCUUCAAAGGAUCCAGCAGAACGUGUGCGAAGCCAUCGGUGGUAAUAUGACUCUGUUCUGCCUGGGCUUUGGGGAUGAUGUGGAUUACUCCUUCCUGGACGUGAUGGCCAAACAGAACAAUGGCGUGGCCCGCAGGAUCUACGAAGCCUCCGACGCUACCCUUCAGCUGCAGGGUUUCUACGAUGAGGUGGCUAGCCCGCUGUUGUCGGCAGUGGACCUGCGUUACCCUGACAACGCGGUGGAUUCCUUAACCCCUCAUCACUUCAGUCAGUUGUUCAAUGGCUCAGAGAUCGUGGUGGCCGGGCGGCUGUCUGAAAACGACAUGGACAACUUCCUGGUGGAAGUGUUUGCCAAUGGGUUCGAGCAGGACUUCCAGGUGCAGGGCGAGGCUAGUGUCACCGACUGGGACGUGAUCUACCCAGAGAAGGAUUACAUCUUUGGGGACUUCACUGAGCGCCUGUGGGCCUACCUCACCAUCCAACAACUACUGGAGACCAGUAAGAGUGGGCCAGCAGAGGAGAAGAGCAACGCCACGGCCAAAGCCCUGGAGAUGUCCCUGAAGUACAGCUUCGUCACGCCCCUCACCUCCAUGGUGGUCACCAAGCCAGAGACCGAGGAUGGUCCCAGCGGGCCCCUCAUAGCAGACAAGCUGACUGAGGAACAACGGCAGCAGGCUGACAAACAGGGUGCAGUAAAUUAUCGGCAAUCAGCCCCUCAAUCAGGCUUCAUGAGAACCAGUGUUGCUCAUCAUCCUACAUACUUUGUGGAUGGAGAUCCUCAUUUCAUGAUCGAACUGCCAGAGAGAGAGGACGCUCUGUGCUUCAACAUCAAUGACUCACCUGGAACCAUCUUUAACCUGGUCAAAGACCCCUCCAUAGGACUUUUGGUCAAUGGUCAGACCAUUGGGGAUAAGAUGGUUGCCCCUGAUGGUAAAGUCAACACCUACUUUGGCCGCCUUGGUGUUGUCCAUCACACCCUGGGGGUGAGGCUGGAGGUGACCACUGAGUACAUCACUCUGUCCCAGGAUGGACAAAAGGUCAAGCUGCUGUGGUCAGAUCAAGCUUCCCUAAAAGGACCCAGUGUGGAUCUGCUUUUGACCAAGGACCGGAGCGUCAAGGUGACCUUAAGAGAUUCUGUAAAGUUUGUGAUCCUGCUCCACAAAGUGUGGAAGAUGCACCCCUACCACCAGGACUACCUGGGAUUCUACACUCUGGACAGCCACCUUCUCUCUCCAUCCGUCCAUGGUCUGCUAGGUCAGUUCUACCAUGGGAUUGAGUUUGAAGUUGGAGAUCUACGUCCAGGAGAGGUUCCUGAGAAACCAGACGCCACCAUGUAUGUCAAAGGACAUCAGCUCAAUGUGACCAGAGGUUGGCAACGGGACUUCAGGAAGGAUUUGAAGAAAGGAGAAAAUGUGCCAUGCUGGUUCAUCCACAGUAAUGGGACAGGGCUCAUUGAUGGCAGUGCUGAAGAUUACAUCGUGUCAAGCCUCUUUAACACUGUUUGACAAGUAAAAGACAAGGUCACCCAUACUGGAGCAGCUACCAACCUGCAGCGAUUUUAACCCCACACCAUGUCAGUGUCGUAAUAUUAAUUUGUCAAAGAAUGAGACCCUUGAUGGGAAUUCCAAUGCUAUCAAAUUUAAAAAGAUAAUCUUUUCAAUUAUUAAAAAAUAAUAAUAAUUGCAACCCAAAAAAAAA